UUUCCGGCCACCCGGUCCCUCUCCUGUCUCCUCGUACGUGAUGGUGGAACCAGUACCAGAGUCGAUCAGUUUUCCUUCUGAGGAGGAACGCAUCCUCAAAUUCUGGAACGAGAAGGACUGCUUCCAGGAAUGCCUUAAACAAUCCAAAAACAGGCCCAGGUACACGUUCUACGAUGGGCCGCCUUUUGCCACCGGUCUCCCCCAUUAUGGCCACAUUCUGGCGGGCACCAUAAAGGACAUCGUGACCCGGUUCGCCCAUCAGAGCGGCUUCCAUGUGGACCGACGCUUCGGCUGGGAUUGCCACGGCCUGCCUGUGGAAUACGAGAUUGAUAAGACUCUGGGGAUUAAAGGACCGGAGGAUGUUGCUAAGAUGGGGAUUGCCGAGUACAACAAGCAGUGCAGGGCUAUCGUGAUGAGAUACGCCACCGAGUGGGAGGUGUCGGUGAGGAGAAUGGGGCGCUGGAUCGAUUUUAAGAACGACUACAAGACUCUGUACCCCUGGUUCAUGGAGACCGUGUGGUGGGUGUUUAAGCAGCUGUAUGAUAAAGGUUUGGUGUACAGAGGGGUGAAGGUCAUGCCGUUCUCUACAGCCUGUAACACGCCGCUGUCCAACUUCGAGUCGCACCAGAACUACAAGGACGUUCAGGAUCCGUCCGUCAUGGUGAACUUCCCUCUGCUGGAGGACGAGAGCGUGGCUCUGAUCGCUUGGACCACCACGCCGUGGACGCUACCCAGUAACCUGGCGCUGUGCGUCAACCCGGAGUUCACCUACGUCAAGGUCAAAGACAACGCCACGGCCAAAGUGUACAUCAUGAUGGAGGCCAGACUGGGGGCGCUGUUCAAAUCUGAGGCUGAGUACACCAUCCUGGAAAAGUUUCCUGGUAAAACUCUGAAGGGUAAACAGUACAAACCUCUGUUCCAAUAUUUCAUCAAGUGUAAGGAGGACGGAGCGUUUUCGGUCGUGCUGGAUAACUACGUCAGAGAGGAGGAGGGUACCGGAGUGGUUCACCAGGCGCCCUACUUCGGAGCCGACGAUUACCGGGUGUGUAUGGAGUACGAGAUCAUACAGAGAGACUCGGCGCCCAUCUGCCCCGUCGACUCGUCCGGCUGCUUCACCCCCGAGGUCACGCACUUCGCCGGCCAGUACGUCAAGGACGCCGACAAAAACAUCAUUAAGUGGCUGAAAGAGAACGGGCGGCUGGUCAACACCAGCACUUUCAAGCACAGUUACCCUUUCUGCUGGAGGUCGGACACUCCGCUGAUCUACAAAGCCGUGCCGAGCUGGUUCGUGAGGGUGGAACACAUGGUGGAGAAACUUCUGGAAAACAACGGCAAAUGCUACUGGGUUCCUGAAUUUGUGAGGGAGAAGCGUUUCGGCAACUGGCUGAGAGACGCCCGGGACUGGGCCGUGUCUCGUAACCGAUACUGGGGGACUCCCAUUCCUCUGUGGGUCAGCGACGACUUCGAGGAGGUGGUGUGUGUGGGCUCCAUAGCCGAACUGGAGGAGCUGACCGGAGUGAAGGUCACUGAUCUGCACCGGGAAACCAUCGACGGCUUGACCAUCCCGUCGCGGCGUGGGAAAGGUCACCUGAAGAGGAUCUCUGAGGUGUUUGACUGCUGGUUCGAGAGCGGCAGCAUGCCCUACGCUCAGGUGCAUUACCCCUUCGAGAACAAGCGGGAGUUUGAGGACGCCUUUCCUGCAGACUUCAUCGCAGAGGGCAUCGACCAGACCAGAGGAUGGUUCUACACGUUGCUGGUGCUCUCGACUGCUCUGUUUGGUAAACCGCCGUUCAAGAACGUCAUCGUCAACGGCCUGGUUCUGGCCAGCGAUGGGCAGAAGAUGAGUAAGAGGAAGAAGAACUACCCAGACCCGGGCUUGAUCGUACAGAACUACGGAGCUGAUGCGCUCAGGCUGUACCUGAUCAACUCUCCCGUGGUGCGAGCUGAGAACCUGCGCUUCAAAGAGGAGGGGGUGAGGGACGUGCUGAAGGACGUCUUCCUGCCCUGGUACAACGCUUACCGCUUCCUCGUACAGAACGUCCAGAGACUCCAGAAGGAGGAUGAUAUUCAGUUCCUGUACAACGAGAGCACGGCCAAGCUGAGCGACAACAUCAUGGAUAAAUGGAUCCAGUCCUUCACGCAGUCGCUCAUUCAGUUCUUCAAGGCCGAGAUGGACGCUUACAGGUUGUACACGGUCGUUCCCAAACUGGUGAAGUUCGUGGACAUGCUGACCAACUGGUACGUGAGGACGAACCGCAGGCGUCUGAAGGGCGAGAGCGGAAGUGAGGACUGCAUGGCGGCUUUGGAGACUCUGUUCAGUGUGCUGUUCUCCAUGUGCAGACUGAUGGCUCCCUUCACUCCGUUCAUCACCGAGCUGAUGUACCAGAACCUGCGGCACCUGAUCGACCCCGCCUCGGUGGAGGAGAAGGAUUCCAGCAGUAUCCACUACCUCAUGCUGCCUCAAGUCAGGGAGUCGCUGAUCGACAAGCGUAUCGAGAACGCCGUGUCCCACAUGCAGUCGGUCAUCGAGCUGGGCCGAGUGAUCCGCGACCGGAAAACGCUGCCCGUUAAGUAUCCCCUCAGGGAGGUGGUGGUCAUCCAUCAGGACCAAGAGGCUCUUCAGGACAUUCAGUCCCUGCAGAAAUACAUCCUGGAGGAGCUGAACGUGCGCCAGCUCACCCUGUCCACCGACAAAGAUAAGUACGGCAUCCGCCUGAGGGCGGAGCCCGACCACAUGGUCCUGGGGAAGAGGCUGAAGGGUGUGUUCAAGGCCAUCACGGCGGCCAUCAAGGAGCUGAAGAGCGAGGAGCUGGAGGCCUUCCAGAAAUCAGGUACCAUCGUGGUGGACGGACACGAGCUGCGUGAGGAGGAUUUGCGUCUGAUGUACACCUUCGACCAGACGUCAGACAUGGCCACGCAGUACGAAGCUCAUUCAGAUGGACAGGUGCUGGUGCUGUUGGACAUCACCCCCGAUCAGUCCAUGGUGGAUGAAGGCGUGGCUCGAGAAGUCAUCAACCGCAUCCAGAAACUGCGCAAGAAGGGUCAUCUGGUGCCAUCGGAUGAGAUCACCGUGUAUUACAGCUCUGAACCUGCUGGUGAUUACCUCCACAAAGUCGUCCAAGCUCACACGGACUUCAUCUUAGCCACUACAAAGGCCCCACUGAAACCGUACCCCGUUCCCCAAAACGCCAGCGUGAUCGUCCAGGAGAAAACUCAGUUGAAGGGUUCCGAUCUGGAUCUGACCAUCGUUAAGGGGGCGUGGGCUUCCAGAGCGCCCCUCGACGGCCCUUCGUGCGCUUACGUCAACCUCAGGGUCAAACAGCAAGAAGGCGUGGUUCUGCUGGAGAAUCCGAAGGGAGAUAACACACUGACCGUGGAGAAGCUGAAGAUGGUUUGCCGCAGCAUUUUUAAACUCGACGCUUCAGCUUUGACCGUGUUUAAUGGGGCAGCAGAGCUGAAGAGCGGCGCUGAUCUCCUGGCUCUGAGCGGGAAAACUCUGUGUGUGACGUCCGGCGCUCGUCCUCCAGAAUCGACCGGCUCCGACUCUCUGCUGUGUCCCUACAUCAAUCUGCAACUAAUCAACACCCCUCCUGCAGAGUGCCAGACGGGUGACGUCGGGAUGCUGCUGCUCGCCAACCCGGCGGGUCAGAACGGCCUCCAGCACGCCGCCCUCAUCGCUGAAGCUGCUAAAGUGUUCGGGCUCAGAGGAAGGAGACUCAAACUCUACACAGACCAGGAUCUUACUGAAGAACUUCUGACUGAAACCUCUGUGAAGAACCUGAACACAAAGACCUUAUAUGUGAAAGUCCUGCCCACCACUGCAGAAGCAUAGUCAUAUAUAAAAAAAAUACCAAGUCUGACUGAAAUAACAGUUCCAGCAGAAUCUCGUGUUCACCAUAACUCAAUUGUCUUUUAGUUCUAGUGCAUUUAUUAAAUGGAAAAGCGACAUGAGACUUGACGUUGUAAUUGUCUAAUAAAUGAAUUCAGAACUAAUAA